AUGUCUAGAGUAGGAAUCUUGGCCCUUGGCCCAGCAGGGGUUGGUAAGUCCACCUUCUGCAACUCCAUCAUAUCACACAUGCAAUCCAUAGGGAGAAGAGCCCACAUCGUCAACCUCGAUCCAGCAGCAGAAGCUACAGAAUACGAAUUCACCAUCGAUAUCAGAGACUUGAUUUCAUUACAGGAUGUCAUGGAAGAAAUGGAUUUGGGCCCUAACGGAGGCUUGAUCUACUGCUUUGAGUUCUUGCUCAACAACCUCGACUGGUUGGAUGAAGAGAUCGGCGACUACAACGACGAAUACUUGAUUUUUGACUGUCCUGGACAGAUCGAAUUGUACACCCAUGUGCCGGUGUUGCCCACCAUCGUCAAGCACUUGCAACAGUCAUUGAACUUCAACUUGUGUGCCACCUAUUUGUUGGAGGCCCCAUUCAUUGUGGACAAUUCCAAGUUCUUUUCCGGUGCUUUGAGUGCCAUGUCUGCCAUGAUUCUCUUGGAAUUGCCCCACAUAAAUAUAUUGUCCAAAAUCGACUUGAUUAAGGACGAGUACAGCAAGAAGCAGUUGAAGAAAUUCUUGAACCCAGACCCGUUGUUGUUGAGCAACGAGGACGAGGAGUUCAAUCCCAAGUUUUCCAGGCUUAACAAGUUAAUUGCAAACUUGGUGGACGAUUUCGGCAUGGUCCAGUUCUUGCCCUUGGACUGCGCUAAGGAGAGCACCACCAUCUCCACUAUCUUGAGUUACAUCGAUGAUGUUACUCAAUGGAGUGAAAGUCAAGAGCCUAAGGAGCCCGCUGCAGAGGAGUUGGAUGAGGAGGAUGUGGACUACGAUUAA